AUGCGAAGCUAUGCCGCCGCCCCGGAGACUGCGGUAUGGCCUCAGCCCCGACAGAGCUCCGUUGCCGCUGGGCGCAGACCGCAACCUUUUGUCUGCGGCGUUUGCAGCAGGCAGCGGCGGGCAGAUAGUGCGCAGCCAUGGCUGCAAAUGACUGUCGGUACUGUUUGCGCUACUGCGGUGGCGGGGCGUUUCAGGGAGGCUGUCAAGUCGACUACAAAGUCAACGCUUCUGGUCGAUGCAGAUCAGCACGGCCCGGACGACGUCAUAGAAGCCCUUCGCCUUCUCCGCGAAACGGACAGCAGGAAGCCAGAGGAAACCCACAGAGCUCGCAAGAAGCAGGUGGAAGUGAUCGUGUUUGCGGCCCAGGAGGAGCAUGCUGGGUCAAAGGAAUGGAAGCAAGUGAAACGAUCGGCUCGCCUGCAGUUCGAGAUCGUGCCACGAACGGUGGCCUAUGGAGAUCCGAACGAUGCUGCCAUCGACAAUAGGGUACGCAAGCUGGCAGAGGACCGUGCCAGCCGACCGAACGAGGUCGCUAUUCUUGCCUCCGAUUCCGACUUUGUGGACACUGUUAACUUUGGCAUCUCUCGUGGCAUGGAAGUUGUGGCCAUCGUACCGGAGAACAGACCUACUGUUCUCAGGGCGUUUGAGCCCACCGCUGCACGCUUGCUCAUGCUGCCAGCGAAGGAGUCGCCUGGCAAAGUCCGAGCCGUGCUUCAUGCCGAUGGUCGUGGCGAGGUGAUGCUGUGUGACCCGGUGCUGGGAACUGAGACUCCCGACGUAUUCACUCCACUUCUUGACUUGGGCUACUGCACGGCCGCCACUUCACCGGACAUGUUGAUGCCGUCCAUUGUGAACUUCUGGGUCACAAACAAUCUGGGUGACCUCACAGUGUUUCCAUAUCAACGUGGCGUCCAGGAGUGUUCAGAAGCCUUGCAGAGCAGGACGUCAACUUCUUGGGCAAGGCGCAGCCAGAACCUCGCCUUUGUUCUGCCGACGCGAGGGAGAAGAAAGAGUGAGCUCUACGGAACAAGCAAAGCAGCCGCUGUCUUUCACGGGGGAGGUCCGUUUGUCAUACCAGACACACCAGACUUGGUUCAGACAGCCAUGCAAAAGCUGGGAUACAUCGAGGCUGCCGAUUACUUGGAGGAGGUACUGCUCGUGUUCUGCAACCAUGCGAACAAUAAGCACAAUUUACGGAAGCUCGGGUUGCUACCGGAUGGCGAUGAGCCGAGAGUGGCUGCAGAGAAGGUCCGGGAGGCCAUGCUGUCUUCAGGCUAUGGUUUCUGGGAGAUGGCUUCCUCCGACUCGCAUGUCCGAGCCGAGUUAGUGAAGACUGGGCGUCUUCCGUCCGAGGAUGCGCCGAGGACGGCCGUCUCCAGAGCUCUGCGACGUCUUCUCAAGGAGGACCACGUACCUCCGAUGAGCAGCUACUGCGGCAAGAUCUGGCAAGCGACGAACCUGGCAGCUUAA